AUUAGAUAUACGUCAAUGUCUAUAUUUAACGCGCAUUAUCAUGCAAAACGUUGUCUGCAUCACGUGACGUGGGACAUAUUCCUACUCUGCUGUUCGUCUUACUGUGUAAACAGAAACAGGAAAAUAAUGGACAAGCGCAAAUCAGAAAUCAGCAUCGUGGUUAUAGGAAAUGUUGGCUCUGGCAAGUCAACGACAGCUGGCCACUUGAUCUACAAAGGUGGCGGUUUUGACCGACAAACCAUUGAGAGAUAUGAGAAAGAGGCUGCCGAGAGUGUAAAGGGCACAUAUGCCUGGCUUCUGGACAAGAUCAGGGCCGAACGUGGUAUCACCACUGACACAUUUGAAUUUGAGUCAAAGAAACAUUUCGUCACAAUCAUUGACGCUCCCGGGUAUAAGGAUUUCAUCAAAAACAUGAUCACAGGAGCAUAUCAGGCUGACUGCGCCGUUCUCGUCGUUGCUGCUCUGACAGGAGAGUUUGAGGAGAGUUUUUCAAAGAACGGCCAGAUACGAGAACAAAUCCGUCUGGUUCAUACCCUUGGUGUGAAACAGAUGAUUGUCGCUAUUACUAAGAUGGACGUUACAGAGCCACUCUACUCUGAGGGGCGAUAUCAAGAAAUUAAACGUGAAUUGAGUAGCUACCUCAAGGAAAUUGGCUACGUCCCGCAAGAGGUCGCCUUUGUGCCCAUCUCCGGUUUGCUUGGUGACAAUAUGCUGGAACCUAGUGCGAAUAUGACUUGGUGGAAGAAUUGGUCUAUUGAAAGAAAAAAAGAACUAGCAACUGGUCAGACCCUUUUCGAGGCUAUUGAUGCCAUCCUCCCACCGGAGCGUCUAGUGACAAAGCCACUUCGUUUGCCUCUUCAGGAUGUUCAUAAAAUUGCCGGUAUAGGAACAGUUCCUGAAGGAAGGGUUGAGACUGGAAUUAUCAAACCCGGAAUGGUCGUCACAUUUGCUCCACAAAACCUGACAACUGAAGUGAAAUCAUUGGAGAUGCAUCGCCAACAGGUACCAGAAGCUUUGCCAGGGGACACCGUUCAGUUCAAUGUGAAGAAUGUGUCCGAAGAACUCAAUAGAGGAGAUGUGGCUGGGGAUAGCACUAAUGAUCCACCAAAGGAGGUGGAAAGUUUCAUCGCCCAGCUUAUAAUCCUCGAUCAUCCCGGAACUAUCAAAGCCGGCUAUUCUCCUGUCAUCGACUGUCACACGGCGCAUAUUGCUUGCAAGUUCGUCGAAUUACUUGACAAAUAUGAUCGCGGAACCGGAAAAUCUAUAGAAAAAAAACCUGAAUCCGUCAAAGCUGGUGAUGGUUGCAUAGCUAAGCUUGUUCCAUUGAAGCCAAUGUGUGUUGAAAGAUUCUCCGAAUACCCUCCCCUGGGACGUUUUUCUGUCCAAGACAUGGGACAAACCGUGGCUGUUGGACUCAUUAAGGACGUCGUUAAGAAGUAAACUGUCGGCAAAGACCCCAGGUCAGCUGCCAGGAAUUGAACAUUUGAGAAUUAUAUCCAACACCAUUGCUAGGGAUUCCGCCGUCUUUAUACCACUGAGUUAAAAUAUCUGACAUAGUCACAAACGUUUUACCUAAUUUUCUUACCAAAUUAUUACAAUCUAAUUAAAAUUAGUUUCAAAGGAUUUACAAUUAUUUUCUCUUGUCGGCAUACAGGUCGUAGAAAAGCAAAAUAUGUUCUGUUCAGAUACAAAGCGGCAGAUUCCCCCAACUUUAAGGCAAGGAAGAAAAUGAAACACAUGUACUUGUAUUUUAUUUAUAUUCACUUAUAACCAUUUUUUUGUAGACGUUAGACAAAUGAGUUGAAGACGAACCAUAUUUAAGUUUAGUAUCUCGUCCCUAUCAAUACUUUGAAGGCUUCAUUGUUGUCAAACUGCCAUUGCAUGAUUUAUAAGGUGUUAUUUCUGUUUAAACAGUUUGUCUACUGUUGCAGAAUUAGGAAAAUGUAUGUGCUCUUGUGUGAUGUGUUAAACCAACACACAUAUCAUAUCUAUGAAGUCAAGAAAGACAUGUAUAUGUCAGGAUAUUUUUUUAUUUUUUUUUAAAUGCUUUGCUUAUUCUUGAUAACAUAUUGAGCAUGAAGUUCAUCUUACAUAUGGUCAAGAUACAAUGUAUGAUAAAAUGUACAAUAUUUAGAGCUUAUUUUUUUAUUGUUUAUGUGGUGAGGAAACCAUGCAUUUCCCGACAAAGAAUUAUUUGAUUUAACAAAAUUGACCUAUUUGAAAAAUGGAUACUAUACAAUAAUGGUCACGUGCUAUGUCUAUUUGUAUAUCUGUAGUUAGAAGGACGAAACAGCUUAUGGAAACGUUUUUGUUAAUUAUUAAUUGUUUUAAUUACCAACUUUCAUAGGAGCAAUAGCACGCGUGUAUCUUAUAAUAACCGCAUACUAAUGAGGGCCGAAGUUUAUUCUGGCAGAGAUAAUUUGUUUUCAUCAUUCUCCUUUGUAAUUAUAUAUAUUGUUCUGCAGUGUAAUGUAUUAUUAUGCUAAGAAGUAUACAGUAUAUUAUAAUAUUAUGCAUCUAAAUAUCCACAAUAAAAAUUGAUUAAAAAAAACAA